AGCAGUCCUGUGUCGUAGACCCCGCCCACGGCAUCCAAGGCUCGGCGGUGGCCUCUGGCUCUGCUCUUGGCCCACGCGGGAGCCCCCGAGUGCGGUUACUGGUUGUGAACAGCCUUCCUCUCCUCCUCUCCCCUGGUUUACUGAACAACGUGCGGGUGUAACCCUCACACCCCGACCCUGCAAUGGGACCCCGGCCUGAGCGCAGCGGACGCAGCGCCACCUCCCGGGGCGGUCCCCGGGGAGUCAGCGCCACCUCCCGGGGCGGUCCCCGGGGAGUCCCCCGGCCUCUCGGGGCGACCCCGACUCCGCCCCAUCGGCACCGCCCCCGCAACCUUUGGGCAGCAGAGACUGCUCCGGCGACUUGGGCAGAGCCCUGGAGGCCCUGGGGCCGCGAUGCCGGGGCCCGGCCGGUGGGCGCCCCUGCUCCUCUGCCUGCUGCAGGCCGCUCCAGGGAGACCCCUUCUGGCCCCUCCCAGGAAUGUGACUCUGUUCUCUCAGAACUUCGGUGUGUACCUGACGUGGCUCCCAGGGCUGGGCAACCCCCAGAACGUGACCUAUUUUGUAGCCUACCAAGGCAUUCACACACCCAGACGGUGGCGCAGAGUGCAGCGGUGUUCGGCAACCGAGGCGCUGGUGUGCUCCCUCAUGUGCCUGAAGAAACAGGACCUGUACAACAAGUUCAAAGGACGUGUGCAGGCGGCCUCUGCUGGUGCCAGGUCCCCCUGGGCAGAGUCUCAGUACCUGGAAUACCUCUUUGAAGUGGAGCUGGGCCCGCCCAUCCUGGUGCUCACCCCGAAGGAGAAGAUGCUGAGUGUCAAUGCCACCUACCAGCUGCCGUCCUGCACACCUGCCCUGGAUCUGCAGUAUGAGGUGCAGUUCUGGAAGGAAGGUGCCAGAAACAAGACCCUAUUUCCAGCCACUGCACAUGGCCAGCCGGUCCCGAUCCCGCUGCAGCCUUCUGCCCGUGGACGCCACUGCCUCAGCGCCAGAACCAUUUACACCUUCAUCGUCCCCAAGUACAGCAGCUUCUCAGAGCCCAGCUGCCUCUCCCUGGAGGCCCCAGGGGCCAACUGGACAGUUCUGGUGCUGCCUUCCCUCCCACCACUGUUGCUGGUAGUUGCCUUAGGGGGUGUGAUGUGGAAGAACCUGAGGAGCGACCCCUGGUUCCAUGGCUCCAAGACACCAGGCGCCCUGGACUUUUCAGGACACGGACACCCUGUAGCAAUCUUUCAGCCCAGCGGACCAGAAUCCUUAAAUGAAUUAGUCCUCUGUCCCCCAAAGAAAUUGACCAGAAGGUUCACACCAGCCCCUCCAGUCAGGGCCCCAGCCACACUACCGUCAGGAUUGGAGGACAGUACUGAGGAUGACGAUGAGGAGGACACAGAUGACAGGGUCAGCAUCCAGCCCUACAUAGAACAGCCCCUCUUCCGGGGACAGGAGCUCCAGCCUCUGGGGCUCUCUGAGACAGAUGAGUCCGGAGUGGACUCAGGGGGCCCCUGGACACCUGUGGGCCACAGCGAAGGCUCCUCUGCCAGGAACUCCUCAGACAGGAGCUGGACCAGCACUGGGGACUGCUUGCUUUGGGACGACACUGGGUCUUCUAGCUAUGUGACCAAGAAGGGGCUGGGCCAAGGGCCAGAUGGCGACAACCAUCAGGAGUCACUCCUACGUCCAGAAUCCUCCAAGGACUUGGGCAACCUGGAAGAGCCCCUGAAGGGUGGUCUCUCCUCGUGGGCCAGCCAGGGAUCCUUAUCCCCAGGAUUGAAUCUGGUCCUUGGGGAGCCCCAAAUUCCUCUUAACACACUGACCUUCUGCUGGGAUAGCAGACCUGAAGAGGAAGAGGAGGAAGAAGAGGAGGAAGAGGAGGAAGAGGAAGAAGAGGAAGAGGAUGAGAAGGAAUUGGAACCCAAGGACAGCAGCAGCUGCAACUGGCAGGUUGAGAGCUUUCCGAGGACCAAGGUCAGGGAUGGGAUUCUGGGACAUUACAUGGCCAGGUGAGCUGGCUCCAGCUGGCUCCAGCUAUCCCCAGGGACCCACCGUCCAGGCUUGAGAUGCCCUGGGUGACGGGCCAGGUGGAAAACCAUCCUAGGCAGUAUGAACCAAAUGAGGCCAGGUCACUACGGCCACUGCACCCAAGGGGCCGUGUGGUCCCACUGACUGCACAUCCUGGUAUACUGCUGCCUUUCCCAACACCUGCCGAGCUCCCCCUCUCCCAGGCCUCGGUCAGGUACCCUAGGGUGAGCCACCAACAAGAAAGAUCAAGUCGCCUGAGGGAGUCAUGGAGGAGGAAAAGGUUGUCAUCCUUCAGAUCCUAGUCUUUGCCGUUUGGUCUGGAUUCAAAUCCUAGCUCUGUUGUUUGCUAGUUGUGUGGCUUGAUUAAGCCACUCUCAUUCUCCGUACCUCAGUUUCCUCAUCUGCAGGAACUACCUGGAUGUGGUCAGGAUGCAGGGAGAUCUCGGAUGUGUGUGGCAUGGGGCCUGCCAUGGCAUUGGUGCUGUCUCUAUGUGGCUGGCAGAACCCUCUCAGGCUGUAAGGAGACCCCUGGGCAUCCCCCAGCUGUGACCCUGACCCUGAAGUGACCAGGAGCACCCAUCUUUCUGCCCACCUCACCUCUAGGCUUCCCCCUAGCUCUCAACAAGGUGCUCAGUGCUCAGAAGUCAGAACUGCAACCAAGGACGCCCUGCACCCAGGCCCUCUUCCCUUGGCUGUCUGUACCCCCAGCUUUUGCCUCUGCAGCCCAGGCCCUGCCACUUAGCUCUUGAUGACAUCACUCCAUCCUGCAGAAGAGACCUUCGCAGCCCUUUGACCACAGCGCUGUGUUGCUCUGAAGCCAGCAGGAGAUGCAGAGUCACAGGCACAGCUGGGGAGGUUUCUCCAGGGCCUCCAGUCCAGAGGUUCUCACGCUGUGCUCCCAACGGCCUUGGGUCUCCAUGGUGGGGUGAGGGGCUUGGGAUCCUGCACUUCCGGCUGGAGCAGCCUCACUGUGCCUGAUCGGUGCACAGUGGCUUUGGAGGUGGGCCCGCUGCAAAGAGAAGUUGUGUACCGCUUUUUAAUGAACACCUACCUUGUUUCAGACUAACAGGCUGAGGUCAGGGUGGCAAAAGCAUCUGCCCAAGGCCACCUGGCAGUGUUGCCCCAGCAACUUAGGGUGAUGUCCCCAGGCUGAGAGCUUAGAUCUUUCUGCCCAGCUGAGCUGGCCCUUGACCCCUUGGCGUGGGUCUCAGCCAGGAUUCCCAAGGAUCACUAAGCUGGCAGGAGGCCUUUGUCACCACCUCUGGGGCGCACACACACCUUCCCAAGGCUGUUUUCUGUGCUGCUUUUGUCCACGUCAUUUGGACACAAACCGAGAGCAGACCAAAACGAUGGUACACGGUAAGGGCUCUGGCUCAGGCUGGGUUCCCAAAAUGCCCCAGCCCAAGGCCACUGUGCCUUCCGGGCCGGGUGAGCUGCUUCACAGAGGAGCGUUCAGAAAAGGAAAGGUUUUCUCCAAAGUAUUGUCUUAGGCUUGAAUGAAGCACUUUAUUUCUACUCUCCAACUGUGUUAGUUUUUAAAAGAAUUUUUUCUAAAGUUUCAUGUUUAAAAGAGCCUGAGCUUUCUAGUAAUUCCAAAUUCAGCUCGGUGCAGUGGUUAGGUCAUUUACAAGACACUGUGGGAAGUACGAGGAAGGGACAUAUAGUAAUCUGUCUACGUGCUAGCCAGCAUGCACCUGUUUACAAAGCCCUGUUGGGCACACACUGCUGGGGACAGUGGUGUGGGCAGGGCCACACUCAAGGACAUCAGGAGAAAGGUGAUUGGUGCCCUAGGUUAAAGUGCAGUGUGGUUCUUUGCUUGGGGACAAGAUUGUAUUGUUCUUACACGUUUGUACUUAUGUCUAAUUCUGUUCUAUGUUUACAUCAUAUUUAAAUAAUACUCUAAUGUUUGAGGGUCUGUUACCCUAAACUUUUAAAUAAAGAGCUCUAUUUUUACAGAAAAGAUAGACUUGAAUGGAAA